AUGGCGGCGACGGCGGCUCCGGGAGCGGCCGGGCCGGGAAUGGCGGCGGGAACCGGGCCCGGUCCCGGGGUGGUGGCGGCGGGGCCCGGUCCCGGUCCCGGAGCGGCGGCGGGAGGCGGCGGAGCCGCGGCCAAGAGCGGCGAGGAGCGGCUGAAGGAGAUGGAGGCGGAGAUGGCGCUGUUCGAGCAGGAGGUGCUGGGGGCUCCAGGCCCCGCCCCCGGGGACCCCCUGGCCCCGCCCCCCGUCCUGCGCCCCAUCAUUGCCACCAACACCUACCAGCAGGUCCAGCAGUCCCUCGAGGCUCGCGCCGCCGCCGCCGCCACCGUCCCCCCGUUGGGGACAUCGCCGGUGCCCUUCGUGGGGCCAGCAGUGUCACCGCAGCGGCCGCCGAUCCUGCGCCCGGCCUUCGUGCCCCACGUGCUGCAGCGCCCCGCCGGUCCCCGGGGUCCCCUGGGCCUGCGCCCCCCCCCCGGGGCCAUGGGGGGGGGGGGGCCUCCCCUGGGGGAGGAAGCCCCGCCCCCUCGGGCCCCACCCCCUGAGGAGCCUCGCAUCGGCCCCACCCUCCCGGCCCCGCCCCCUGCCAUGGCCACGCCCCCUCCGGAGCCCCGCCCUGGCCCCGCCCACCUGGCCCCGGUGCCACGCCCCCUGCGAAGGCCACGCCCACAGGACCCGCCCUUCCCUGUGCCAGAGGUGGGGGCGGAGCCGGCGGCCGAGGACAAGCGGAAGGGGAGGGGCGAGCGGCUGAAGCGCUGCAUCCGCACGGCGGCCGGGAGCAGCUGGGAGGAUCCCAGUCUGCUGGAGUGGGACGCUGACGAUUUCCGCAUUUUCUGCGGGGAUUUGGGGAACGAGGUGAACGACGAGACCCUGGGCCGCGCCUUCGGCCGCUUCCCGUCCUUCCUGAAGGCCAAGGUGAUCCGGGACAAGCGCUCGGGGAAGACCAAGGGCUACGGCUUCGUCUCCUUCAAGGACCCCAACGACUACGUCCGGGCCAUGAGGGAGAUGAACGGGAAGUACGUGGGCAGCCGGCCCAUCAAGCUGCGCAAGAGCCAGUGGAAGGAUCGGAACCUGGAGGUGGUGAGGCGCAAACAGCGCGAGAAGAAGAAACUGGGCCUGAGAUAACCCCGAACUGGGACGGACUGGGACGGACUGGGAGGGACCGGGAGGGACCGGGACGGCAAUAAAGGAGAU